AUGGCGGGUGGGAUCUCAGAUGGAUUGGAUUUGUGGAGGGAAAAACGAACCAAGGCGGGCGGGAGGGAGGGAAAAGGAACAAGGGGAAACCGGGAAAGAAGGAGAAGAAGGAAGACGAGCGCGCGCGCGGGAAGGAAAAACGCCAAGCCUCCCUCCUCCGACUCCCGCGCCAACAAAAUAACAAGGGACCCCCCCCCCCCCCCCCCCCCCCCCGCGCUCGCCUUCUCCACCUACUUCGUCCUCGCCCUCCCGCCUUCUGCUGCUUCGUCCGUCGCCUUCUUCCUCACGCCCUCCGCAGCCUACCGCUCGCCCACCGCCCUCGCCGUCGUCUUCUCCGCGCGCCACGUCCGCGUCGACCUCGGCGGCCGCGCCGCCAUACAGGGCCAGGCCCACUAUUCGCCUGCCCCGGACCGGAGCCGGAACCUCCACGCCUGGAGAGAAUACAAAGCCACCUCCGCCACGCGCAUCCCCACCCACAACCACCCGAGCCCCGCCGCCGCCGCUCUCCUGUCCACUCGAUCUGUCCCCCGUCCUCCGGCGGGGCUCCGUCCUCGCCGGCUUCCGGAUGCCCUCCGGCAACUGCACCUUACUCAGCUGGGCCUUCCGAGAUUAUGCUCGUCGGAGUCAAGGACGACGCUGCCACCGACGACGACAAUGGCCAUCCGCCGUCCGGCGCGGCUAACAAUUCAGUUCAAUUCAGGUUGCUGCUGCCUUUGCAAUUGUCUUGUAAUUACUACUCUAGUACCAUCAUCAAUCAGACCACGGUGGAAACUGCAGAUUUUGCCAUCAAACACAACAGCGCAAGGUCUGCGCUUUCUGCCCAAAUCAAGUCCUUCUUCUGCAGUAAUUCCUCCUCCCAUAGACGGACGGAUACUAGACCCAUAAUACUUCAAGCUGUGGUUGAUCAUCAGAGUUUUGGCCUGCAUUCAGCUCCAAGUUUGAUUUGAUGAUGUAGGUCCCCUUCAAGUUGCCAACAUAGUGGAGCAAAAAUCAACUUCGAGCAAGUGACCUGCAUUUCAU